AUGACACUGGAAGAUCUUUUCACGGGCUCGGUAGAGGAGGCCGUACGACUGGCUAACGAGAGAGGGUUGUGCCUGGUUGUUUACAACGCUGUGGGCCCCGUUUCUGCCUCAGAUGGUGCUGAAAGUGACGACCAGUGGUUGAACCAGUGGUUCAAGACCGAUGAGCAGGAUUUGGAGAAGCUGAAGCGGGUUUCCGUGUGGCUUAAGCUCGUUAAGGGCAGUCAGCAGUUUGGGUAUUUUGAACAGUUGUUCCCAAAUGUUAAGACACCUAGUGUUUACCUCGUACACCAGGGCCAGAUCAAGUUGAUUUUGGAGGGUGCUGAUGGAGAUGCAAAUUGGGGGAAGUUGGUCGCUACUCUUGAUGAAAUCGCUUCAAAAACGAAGAAUCCUGCACCGGUACUUGCCGGUUCUAACGAGACACCAGUUCAUGAACAGCCGAAGAAGAACGAAACUUUCAAAGAACAAGUGCAGCGAACGGCGCGCGAAAGUUACCAGAAGGAGGUAACACGUGAGAGGAAACUCGCGAUGGAGGAGCGGGACAGGAUCUUGAGACUUGUGCAGGCGGAUAAAGAGGAGAGGAAAGCUAGAGAACAUAUGUGGCAUGCGGCUACUCAGGCUGAACAGCAGGAAGAACCAGAGGUGGCCUCCGUGCUGGAUACCAACAUCCAUGAUAACAUCAAGAACAGAAGUAUACUCAAUAAGGAGACGUGUAUUUUGCAAAUCAAAUUGACGGAUAGCACCAACUUGAAGAACACCUUUUCGUCUAAAGAUACGUUGAACGAUGUCAGGACAUGGGUCGACGCGAACAGAACCGACGGGACCGUGCCCUAUGCAUUUCACAGAAACGUACCACGGUUCACUUUCCAAGAAUCUGACGAGUUGAAAACCCUUACCGAAUUGGAACUGGAACCAAGGUCGUCAUUGCUGUUGAAACCACUGGAUAUAAGGGCAAGGAGACUGCACGUUGUCGAGGUGGAUAACCCGGGCCUUUUCGGGAAAGUAUACAGUAAUUUCUCGUCGUGGUGGAACACGGCUCCAGAGGGCGGUACAGAAGGGCUCUCCGGUAAUUGCCUUUACGAACCCAUGCCCAACUUCCUCGGUCAUAACUCCACGUCGACAACGCAUCUCGCAUUGGACGGAGGAUCCUCGAGCGUAAAUCUGAACUCAAGACCGGUAUCCCCCAACGUCGUCCAGUUCCACAACACAAACGACGAGCGUGAUGAGGAUGAGGAGAAGGAAACGUACAAUGGUAACGCAGUGAAACUGGAAAAGAGGGAUGAUGACGAUAAAAAUAAAUGA